CGCGAACACAACGCCUUCGACAUCCGCCGCCGCCACUCCACCCACCAUGGCCCCGCACAAGUCCAAGGCGCGCGCGCACCACCCGCAGCCGCCGCCGCAGCCCUCGGACUACGAGACCGACGCGCCGCCGCCGCCCGUCGACGUGCCGCUGCCGCCGCCGCGGUCCAACGAGGAGCUCAACUUCUCCGUGCUGCGCCGCAUCUACCCCGAGCUGGUCGCCAUCGAGCACGUCACGCCCUAUGCCGCCCUCUACACCUUCAGCCUCGAGACCCAGCAGUGGGAGAAGCUUGGCGUCGAGGGCACGCUGUUCCUGUGCCGCCUCACGCCCUCGCCCAUAGGCGCCGACCGCUACAGCGUCGCCAUCCUCAACCGCCGCGGCCUGGACAACUUCUACCUCGAGCUGGUGAGCGAGGAGGAGAUGGAGUUCACCGACCCCUACGUCAUCCUGCAGGGCGACCAGGUCUACGGUAUCUGGGUGUUUGCCGACCCGCCGCCCGCCUCGACCGCCGACUGCCGCACCGACACAGCCAACAAGAUCAUGCAGGCCGCAGAGAAGGCGCGCGUGAGUCGCGAGGCCAAGGAGCAGCAGGCCAAGAACGGCGUGCAGCAGGCAGCUGGACAUGUUGAAGCAGCCACGUCCACGCCCAUGGGGCGCCAGCUCUCCCUCCGCGAACUGUUCGGCCAGCAGCGCCAGCAGGACGCCGGUUUCAGCGUGCACGACCACCACAGCCAGCCGACGCCGCAGCAACACCCCGGCCCGUCGCAGCAGGACGUGCUCGGCCAGCUGUUCUUCAACGCCAAGCAGAACUACAACGGUCUGGGUUGACGACUGGAUUGAAGAGCACCAUAUUCGAUGGUCAUCCCUACACCAAACAAUCAGAGGCACGAGCAUGUCUGUUGGGAAGGUUCAUCCUCCGCGAGGGCUGGCUGACCGACUCGCACUUGACGGCAAGGAUCGAGUCGUGUGCAAGGUCAACAGCGCGACUUUGUUCUUGAGAGAAUGUCAGGCAGACAAGCAUGCGUCCGAUCAGACAGCCUGCUGGCGGUGCUGCACAGAUUGAACUCGUGUUGGGCAGGCGAGGCGCUGAAACUGAACCCAACUGUCUCCGUAGCUUCG